AUGUUCACGACUCCUUUGAACCUUCCCGGGGUCGUUACACCGUUCGGGAGCACUCUCCCAGCUUACAUUCAGCCAAUACCCUCAAGCAUUGCCGUUGAGGACCUCGAAUACCUCCACAAAAUGGAAGCUUUCACUGUCCCAGACACAAAUUUGCGCAACCAAUUACUGCAUUCUUACGUACAACACGUACAUCCUUAUCAUCCCGUCAUCGACCUAGAGGAUUUUCUCCUCGCGGUUGAGAGAAAUAACCUAAACAACACCGUCAGCCUUUUCCUUUUCCAAGCCGUAAUGUUCGCUGGAGCUGUCCACGUCGAUAUUGAAGACUCAGCAUCGUACGGCUACGCGACAAAAAAGGGUUUAAAAAGGACUUUAUUCAAAAGACUUAGGCUACUGUAUGACUUCGACUAUGAGACCGACCAGAUCACGAUUCUUCAAGGGGUGCUGCUGAUGACUUAUUGGUACGAAAACAUGAACGAGCCCAAAGACGUUACGUAUUGGUUGGAUAUUGCCAUCUCCAUGACGCGAAUGAUCGAUUUGACGCCUCAGAGGUCCGGAUUCCAUUCUGACUCUAAGAGCUUGCGGAGCCGCCGCCUAUGCAAACGCAUUUGGUGGUCAUGCUUCAUCCGAGAUCGACUGAUUGCCCUUGAUCUUUCUCGCUCCGCGCGAAUGUCUCUCGCAGCCGGUGACGUCCCAAUGCUUGAAGUCUCAGACUUUGAGACGAGAAAAUUACCUGCCGAACUUACUCAACUAUUGGGGGGCUGCUCUACGGUGGAAAGCUGCGAAAAGCGCAUGGCCUUGGCCCAAAUGUGCAUUGCCUUGGCUCAACUGUGUGUUGAUAUUGAACCGAUACUCAACAAGCAACUUGACCACCAGCAAGAGCUGGGAGUGCUGCAAACCAAUGUCAUACACCGGCUGUCGAAAACAAUAUCCAUCAGUGUCCAUGAAGCCUUUCGGUACGAUCAACAGCUCAGCAAGUGGUGCCAGAAUUUGGAUCUGCAGAAUCUGCAUGACUUCAGCCCCAGCACCUACGGCCGGAAGUCCGCCAUCGAUUGUAAAGCUAUACAUCUGCAUCGCGCUCUCCUGGCUAGCACCUACCACGCGGUGAUGAUUGUGCUUUAUCGUCCAUUGUGCUGGGACUCGGAGGUUGCAGCCGCGCCCGAGAUACGGGCCCUGGCCGAGAGGAAAGUUCGCGAAGCUGCGAAUCGAAUCACAACGAUCUAUCGGGAUCUACUUGCUCACGAGUUGCUGAGCCACCUGCCCUACACCGGAGUCACCUGCCUUCUAUAUGCCGUAGACGUCCAUUUGCACGACAUGGACUCCGCAGAUUCCGCCAUUAACGUAGCUGGCAUUUACAAGUUGCGGACCUGCAUACGAACGCUGGAGCGACUGCGGCAGAGGUAUUCUUUGACCGGCCUGAAUUCCUGGCUUAUCAAUACGCCGACCCGACACAGUCGAUUGAAAUGCGACACUUCUAACACUGCCGAAAUAGACAGGAUGAGUACGGUAUCGUCCAGAGAUUAUUCAAUAGAGCCAGACAAAACCCCGGCAAAGCGCGCGCGCACGGCUUCCCCAGAGGAAAUGAAGACGGACCAGUAUCGCACGCACGGCCCAAUGUGGUCAUCAGAAACACCUGAUAAUCUCUCGGCCGUCACGACUCCCAGUCUGGAAGGUUCGGACGGGACUUCGUGCUCAACCGGCACGGAGAGGGGGACAAUCAACUGGGUCAACGUUGGUUCCCAGGAUGCACAUGAGGAUCAAAGAGCAAUUGACCCACGGAAGCUGACGCCGAUUGACGAAUUCUGUGCAGAUCUGCCAGAUGGCUCCAUUUUUUGCGCUGCGGGCGAGGACAGUCUCCACGCCGGUCUGCAGUGGCUGCAAGAAUUCGAUUUCAACAUGUCAGACGAGGCAAACGCAGAUUUCGAAUUGAGCACUCAGCAGAGUCCGGGUUGA